GCGGGCCGCCCCCGUCGCCGUGGAAACGAAGGCUGCCGAUCGGCGCGGUGGCUUCCUCUCCUCCGGGCAGCGGUGGGCUCCCACCAGCUUGAGGGCGGCAGACCGCGAUGCUGAAGGCCAAGAUUCUCUUCGUGGGGCCCUGCGAGAAGGAGAAACAGCCCUGUGCGAGAGUGUGGCACCGCCAGCCACUGUGGGACCCAGCUCUGAACCUGAAUUUCUCUGUGACCUUGAGGAACUCCCUUCCCCUUUCUGGACCUCAGUGGCUUCGUAUCUGUGACAGACUGGUUUCUUGAUGUGCAGAGGAGCAUGGCAGGAGAGAGACUCACGAUGGGCACCUGGGUGGCUCAGUCGUUAAGCGUCUGCCUUCGGCUCAGAGUGGAAAAACCGUUUUGGCCAACUUCCUGACAGAAUCUUCUGACAUCACCGAAUACAACCCAACCCAAGGAGUGAGGUUCGAGUCUUGCUGGCCAGCCCUGAUGAAGGACGCGCACGGGGUGGUGAUCAUCUUCAAUGCCGACCUCCCGAGCCACCUGAAGGAAAUCGAGAUGUGGUAUUCCUGCUUCGUCCAGCAGCAGUUCCUACAGGACCCUCGGUGUCUGUUGAUCGCGCACCACAAACCAGGCUCCGGAAGUGAUAAAGGACACCUGACUUUGUCGCCCCCCUUGAGCAAGCUGAAGCUGGUGCACUCGAAUCUUGAGGAUGACCCUGAAGAGAUCAGGUUGGAGUUCAUAAAGUAUUUAAAAAGCAUAAUCAACUCAGUGUCUGAAAGCAGAGACCGGGAGGAGAUGUCAAUUAUCACCUAAGCAGCCUUCACCUGGACUCUUCCACAUCGCACAUGAGGUCACCUUGUUCCCCAGGCAGAUCUGGAAUCUUACCCGGCUACUGAUGCGACCUUCUCCCUGUGGCUAUAGAAGAGAUUUUCCUUAUCUGCUCUUAAGGCCGGGUCAGCCAGGGAGUUGACUCGUACCGUUUAUUCCCUGUCCUUAGUUCAGAUGAGAAAAUCCUCUUAUUGCAUUCUCAUUCCUUUGCCCCAAACCUCUCCAAGAGCUGGAAAACUGAGCUGUUUUUCUUUCCUCUUCAUAUACGUCAAGUGACAAAAAUUGUGGAAUUGUAACUGUCAGAACCAAAUGAUUCGGCAGAAGUUUAAUUCCUG